ACAACAACAAAAACGUCGAUUCCAACGCGAGAGUGCAUUUAUCUCCCCAUUGCGCAGCGCCAGCUGCAUUGUGUAGAAUCUGUCUACAGCAUUAGCUUUCUGGAUCCAACAAAUAUUCCCGAUUUCAGUCUCACGAUGCGCCACGCCGUUCUGCUCGUCGCGCUUUCGGCGGUCGGCGUCGCCAGCGCCCAAAACUUCACCAUCAAUCCCGGCAGCGUCGACACUUCAACCAAGACCAGUUGGUGCAGCGCCGAGUACAACAGUUGCAACCUCCUCUGCGGCGGCAACCUCCUGGCCAACCUCUGCGACGUGGACACCCUAAACUACAACUGCACUUGCUCGAACGGCUCUGCGCCUGGUCUGCAGUACUACACCCAGACCAUCCCCACUUUCAUCUGCGAACAAGCCUACGCCGACUGCAUUGCCGCCAACACGGGCAGCUCGCGCGCUCAGGAUGACUGCAAGAACAACAUCCAGAGCAAGUGCGGCACCCUGGACCCCAAUAAGGUGCAGGCCAGCAGUCCCUCGAGUAGCAGUGCUGGCUCGGGUGCUGGCGCCACUCAAGGCGCCUCCUCUUCCGGUUCUUCGUCUCCGUCUGCUUCUGCUGCUCAGAGCGCCCCCAGCAGCUCCACUUCGCAUGGGGCUGCGCCUACCAAUGCUGCCUACAUCGGCAACGGCCUCGCCGUGGUUGCCGCCGGCGUUUUUGCUGCCCUGCUCUAGUAAGCGUGGCGGUGGGAAAGCGGCCGGCCGAUCGCGCACGGCAACCAGCCAUUGCGCGCACGGCCGUUGCCGCGUUGAGCAAUGAUUCCAUUCUUUUGUAUCGAAUUUGCCUUGAUUUCGCUCUGGACGGGCUUUUAUAUCGGCGACAGCAGGACUCGCAAGUACCUAGCCUCCCCGCGAGUACUAUUGAUCCUCGGUACACGGGGCCCUAAUGCGCACGAGAAGACGAAGUUCCGGUUGAUGACGUCAGGACGAAGGACGACGGGCAGGGCGGGCGCCUUAAUGGAGGGGGCUUGAGGACGGAGUGUUAUGGGGGCGGCGUUUAGGAGCUAGAGAAAGCACUAUAUCCGUUUGCUUUCUAGGUUUGGGUUCCCACGGACCUUCUGAGACGUGACAUGGUUGUUGAAGCAGGUUGAUUAACUUGAUUGACCAGCCGGCAGUGUGGACACGGGCCGUCCAUUGUUCUGAAGCAAUGUCGGCUUGUCCCUUUGUGCUGAUCCGCGACAACCGCUUUGUUUCGAACUCACCGUCGAGUAUAUUUCAC